UUCAGGAGGAGACCAUGCCUGACUACGUUAUUCGGCUGUACAAGGACUCGGAUUAUGAGGCGGUCCGAGAUAUCUUCUCCCGAGGCAUUAAAGAACACACCAAGACUGCUUUCCUCCACACUCUCAGUCUACCUUACAUCUGGGCUCUCCUGCUGGCCUUGUUCUUGUUUCUUCGUCAGACCACGGGGUCUUACCUGCUCUUGGCCAUGGUGAUGCCCCUUGGUGUAGCAGCACUAUGGCUCCUCAACAGGCAUGUCUAUGCUGGUUAUGUCCAGAAUAGCCUGACUAACGACAUGAUGAAUAUCCGUAAAUAUUACUUGGAGCGGGAUGGUUACUGCUUCUGGGUGGCGGAGUUGGCUGGGGAAAUUGUAGGGAUGGUCGCUGCCAUCGUUCCGGAAAAUCCCACUGGAGAAAACCAAGUGGAGCUUAAGAGACUGUCAGUUCCCAUAAAACAUAGAGGGAAAGGGAUCGCCAAGGCCUUGUGCAGAACAGUCAUUGACUAUGCCUGGAAGAGGGGCAGCAGUGCAGUGGUGUUAAGUACCUCCAUGGCUCAGAUUGAUGCCUCACAGUUAUAUCUAAAGAUGGGCUUCAGAAGAACUAUCACCGAACAUGCACCAUUUAUACUGGCAAAGUUCAUUGACUUCAGAAUUUUGGCUUUCCAGUAUGACUUUCCCAAAUAUAGAUAAAUCACACA